CGGAUGCGGCUUGUGUUCAUGCGCUCGUGCUGUUUGAUGUCAGAAGCAGGAGUCAGGAAAUCACACGCUGUCACGUGACCUGACUGGGCGGAGCUCUGCGUCCCCCCGGCCAAUAGCAGCGCCGCGUUGGUCUAACAGCUCUAUGGGAGAAAAAAAGGGAUCCCAAGAGAAGGGACACGAAUAACGGUGUACCCAACAACAUUUAUGGAACCGAUUCCCGGUUUUUCCCGGAGAACGGGCCCGUGCCCGCGAUGAACGCCUGAACAAACGUUCAUGCAGACGGAUGCGAUGAAGGCGCUUCGGAGGUGAAGAAAACAAGCGGUCCUCCAUUGUCUGCGCAGACAUGAGGAUGGCCUGGUUGUGGAAGAGGAAGUCGUUCAUCGCCACCAGCCUGGUCGUGGCUGUAACACUCCUCGUGGUCGUGGUAACCAACUCGGAGAAGUCCAACUUCCUCCUGCUGCCCGUGUUUGGUCAGACCUUCAACAGCGACUGGAUGUUCUCCAAGCAGACCUACAAGGCCUUCAAGCUUCACCCCGGAUAUGUCAGCAUUCCCAAAGAGGAGCCCCUGGAGCUGCACUGUGACCUGUGCACCAUAGUCUCCAGUUCUGGGCAGAUGCUGGGCCAAGGUGCGGGCCCACAGAUCGACCGCUCCCCUUGUGUCUUGCGGACGAACAACGCUCCCACGGUGGGGUUUGAGAUGGAUGUCGGCAGGCGCACCACCGUGAGGGUGGUCUCCCACACCAGCGUCCCUCUGCUCCUGCAGAAGCCCCAGUACUUCUUCGGGCAGGAAAACGACACGACCUAUGUGGUGUGGGGCCCGCUGCGAAACAUGAGGAAGGACGGGAAGGGCAUUGUGUACAACAUGCUGCAACAAGCAUCAGAGAAGUACCCGCGCGCUCGCAUCUACAUCACCACGGAUGAGAGGAUGAACCACUGCGACACCGUGUUCAAGAAAGAGACAGGAAAGGACCGCGUCCAGUCUGGCUCCUACCUGAGCACCGGCUGGUUCACGCUCAUCCUCGCCAUGGACAUGUGCAAAGAGAUCCAUAUCUACGGCAUGAUAAACGACACCUACUGCAAGCUGGAGAGUAAAAGAACAGUGCCCUACCAUUACUACGAGGUGGGCAGCAGGGACGAGUGUGCCGAGUACCUCCUUCACGAGAACGCCCCCCACGGAGGACAUCGCUUCAUUACAGAGAAGUCUGUUUUUGCCAAGUGGGCCAAGACUCACCCCAUCAAGUUCUUCAAGCCUCAGUGGCAGCUGUCGUGACCCCGGCUGACCGGGCGUGACCUCACCGCGGUCAAGGUCACCAGCGUUACGAACCUCUGACCAAACCAAUCUCUGUACCGUCACUUCACAAACAGGAAAACACAAGAAAAAAAGCAUAUUUUGGCCAGAAUUUCUUCUUUUCCUCCCCAGCUAUGACAAAACAACAUAUCUCCUGCUUUUUAAUUGUAAGUUAUGUGUUACAGCUGAAGAAUGUGCUCCUCCAGCAGCUGUGCGUCCAGCACCAGAGGACUUGGACCUCGAAAAGGGAGAAUAUUCAACACCUGUCAAGUUGGACAUUUGCUUAAAAUUGUAUUUUACUCCUGACUGUUCCUGAAGAACAGCAGCCGAGUCACGUUGACGUCUGACAAACCCGACCAUAAUUAACCCAUAACGAGCGUCGCUCUGGCCCUGGUGCCGGGUGGAGGCAGGACUGAAGGCAGAUGCUCUGUCGGAUUCGAUUUACUCAGAACCUUGCCUAGACUCUUAGCAAGCAAGGUCAUUUUAAGAGGAGAGCUGGAGUGGGCCCAAAGCAGAUUGGAGGCAAACCUGCCGGUUCCACAAACGAGCCACGUUUCCACCCUGUGUGUCCCGUCACACGACUCAAAGAUGUCAGCGAUUUUCCUGUUAGGAUGCUGUGAAAGUGGAUUGUUCAGGGUGGCGUUGCGGCUUGGAUGGCAGAGACGUUUUCUCAUCCAUUCUGCCGACAAUGUGAGCCACUGCACAGAGAACAAUGUGCAAUUAGGAACUCGGUCUUUCUGGAAGGAAUAAAGUCAUUUGUGGUCCUGCAGAGGGAGAGAUUUAUGCGUGCAGUGAGACCAUUUAAAGUUAAUUGUAUUCUAUUAUCAUUUUGUGCCUGCAUUAUACAGUGCUCCACUGUUCAUUGCAUAGAGGAAGAUGCAGUCUUCUCUGUGACUCUCAUCCAGCUUCGUGCCUCUUUGUGAAAAGCAUCACUUUGUUAACACGUCUCCCCAUUUGUCUGUGGAUGCAUCAUGUGCGCCUCUUGGUUUACACAUUACACGUCAGACAGAGCGUUUAUUCCAGGACAGUCUGGAUUUAUCUGUGAUGUGCAGAGGUGGAUGUGCUGGCAGGCAGCUGGGAGGGAUCACUGUCCUGCUCUGUGGUCCAAAGGGGAGGGGCGGGGGUAAAGACUUCUUAUUUAGGGGACGUGAUGCACAGGUCUCUGGACGGCAGUCAUUUACAGCAGCUGAGCUUCACUCCCACUGCUGCUAAGCCAUCUUUUCUGGCUCUCAGAGGAGCUGUGGUGUCACCAGCAGGGAUGUGGGGAUUAGCAGGUCAACAGUACUUAUUACAGCAAACCCAAAGAAAGAAAAAGAUCAAUACUUUUUUUAAAAUGUCUUUUACAUAGUCAUUUUCCUGAAAUAAAACUUAACUAAUAUUAUUUUCAAGAGCCUUAAACAUUAAAAAGUGAACCAUAAACCGACUGAAAUCAUUACAAAUGUUUUUGUUUUUUUUUAAAUACAGUUAUUGUCUCACUUUAGUUAAUAUAUCAACACUUAAAGAUGAGUUUGGGAGCAGUUUAAGAUGUUAUAAAUGCCAGUGACUAAACCUGAUUAAUGAAGUGCUAACAAAGCAAAGAAGUAGAAACGUGUGUCUUACUGUGCAGUUAGUACUCAGCAAACGGAAUUCUGGGUAAUCUGGAAGAACAACAAACAGAGGUUGUGCCUGAAUUCCUUCACUACUCACUAUUUAGUUCACUCCAAAGUGCUUUUACCAUUUUGUAGAGCUGUCCAGUGCUUUGGGAGUUUCCCAGAAGUCUCUGCUCCUUACUAAAAUUGGUAAAUAUAGACCAAAGCAUUGCUUUUGAAUGAUGUUUUUUAGUUCAUUUUUUUCAUAAACCAUCCAAGCUUUCAUCAUUAGAACACACUGAAAUAAUACAAAUUAUUUGUAAACUGUUAUAUUUAUAAGGUUUUUACAGGUUUACUGUUUAAAGAAAAAAAGUAGUUAAAAUCCAGGACACUAGAUAGUUUUUUUAGUAGUUAAGGAGUACAGAGGGAAUUCAGGCAACUGCACAAUUUAAAAAAAGCUUCAAAGAGGAAGGAAGUUCUGCACCUUUAUAUGACUGUUUUAAACUCAAAGUGAAGGAUGAAGUGGUUUUUUUAGUCCUAUUAGAUUCUUAAAGACCAAGAACCAGAAAUUCAUGAGGAUUCUGUCCAGAACAUCCUUUCUUCAGCAGCUUUACAUUUAGCUUACUGCAGUUUGUGUAGAUAGAGAUGAUUUUGCAGUUUUGGGCAAAAAAAAAAA